GGAAGCUGAGAGAGAUCGAAAGAGUCUCGAAUCACAGUGAGUGAUGGAUUGUGUUCGCUACAAAACAUCAGAUCCAUGUCAAUGCACACCUGUCAUUGCUUCCGAGAGUAGCAAGAAGAAGAAGAGCCAUGUGUUGCUAGAAGGUUACGUGGAGAGUCUCUCCACGUUGGAUAACCAAGAAGAUCUGACGAGAUCCAAGAGCUUGACCGAUGACGAUCUCGAAGAUCUCAAGGGAUGUCUAGAUCUAGGGUUUGGUUUCAGCUACGACGAGAUCCCUGAGCUUUGCAACACUUUACCUGCUUUAGAGCUUUGCUAUUCCAUGAGCCAGAGAUUCUCUGAUGACAACAACAAGUCAUCACCGGAAAGUUCGUCGGUGGAUGAAUCUCCGGUGGCGUCGCCUCCGAUUGCCAACUGGAAGAUAUCUAGCCCCGGUGAUAAUCCGGAUGAUGUGAAAGCUAGGCUCAAGUACUGGGCACAAGCUGUUGCAUGUACCGUUCAGUUGUGCAGCUGAAUGAUUCAUUGUUGUCACGUCUGAAGCAGGAACACUAGUGAAGAUGUGAUAUUUACAUGAACAUUAUAAUCUCAGGCAUUGUUUAGAUGAGAAGGAGAUCUCAGAUAGGCAAUUGGAAGGUCUGGAAUUUAACUGAACACCUAGUAGUAUGAUUCUUUAUUAUUAUAUUUUUCCAAGUAUUUGUAGUAAUAUCUGGUCUAAUUAUUUUUGUGAACGGAAAUAAAGGUAUCAAAUGAAUAAAAGCAAC